CUGGCGUGCCCAAAUUCCCUGCACGGUCUCUCGCACCACACCCAUACCAUCCCGUGUAUGUGAUGAUAGUUCAUCCUGACGUCAGCAAGCACUACAUCGUGUUCUGGGCGAAAGUAGAGCUUUGAACGAGCGAGAAAUGGACGGAGUUCGGAGUACAUAUGAACAACAUUAGCUCUGAAGCAAACCAUAGAUAGACGCGAGAAGCUGUGUUUACUUACUGGUAAUGCAUUGUCUUGAAUACAUGAAUCAAGACAUGAAUGGAAUUCGAUGGUCGGCAAUCGUUGUUUGCAAACAUCAAACCGAUGCGACAAAAACCUGUGAAUGGACGAUUAGCGCCGCCUCGCGGAAAUCAUGCCUUCCACAUACAGGAUAUAAAAACUCGCCUGUCUUGCCAGCUUGCCUCCAAGCAACAGACCAGUAGACCAACCAGUGAGUGCUGGUCAACUUGUUCGCUUUCAUCAUUAAUCACCUGCGUGUGGAGUCUUGCAUAUUCGCCUUCAGGUGAGAGAAUUGCAUCAGGCGGGUUCAAAUCGAUUUGCAUCUGGAACACGAAAACCGGCAAGCUUGUCAUUGGCCCCAUCAAAUUUGGCCUGAAGGGUUCUGUGACAUCGUUGGUGUGGUCGUCAGAUAGUACUAAAUUGUACUCAGCAUCUGACGAAUUCGCACGUGUUUUCGACAACAAAUCAGGCCAAUUACCUUCCAUCGUACUUUCACCUAAAGACAAUGUCCUGGUGUGCGUGGGCGACAAUAGCUUUGCACAGCUAUGGGAUACAGAGUCCGGCCGGCCACUCGGUAAAUCAAUCCACCAGAAUCACGACACCCUAUACCAGGUGUCGUUCUCUCGAGAUGGGAAAUACGUAGCCUAUGGCGGAGAGGACGGGAAACUCACUCUAUGCAUGGUCAAAGACAUAGCUCCUCAGCUUCCGAAACCCACAGUACCACAUAAAAAUGAUGGACAAAGUAUACGAGAGGAAACUCAGCCCAACUUCCCAUCAUUAUCAUUAUCAUGCCUCGACGCUGAUGCUACGGGAGGUGGUGAUUUUAUCGAGGAGGGGCACGACGAUCCGUCCAAAUUCUUCCAGUUUUCGCAGCAAUCUCUUCCAUUGCCAUCGUCUGGCUUCCAUUUUCCCUCCUUAUUGUCUGUUCGCCGCUUCUUGAGUGUCAUCUCUCGACGUCGCCAAUUGCCAGACCAGUCCAUUCCACAAGAACUCUCCAAAGGUGGUUUAUUCAGUCAUGCUCGCUCAAACUCGUCUGUGGAGCUUGCUACCACAAACCCAAAACCAGGACCAGAAGCUAAAGUGGGAGAAGGUGAAGGUGAAGGCGAAAAUAUUGAUGAUGUAAAUGCCAUUCCGACUCUCGCAUACCAUUAUCUCAACGCGACGGCUGUCAGCGCGGUUCCGCACAUGAUUCGCUCAGUGCCAGUAAUAAUAAAGGCAAACAGCGAGUUGAUCCACCCGCCAACGCUCAGAGCCCACCGUUGUAUGAUCGCACCUCCACAGUCUACCUCGAUAGCAAAGAUCAUCGAACACUCUGGAAACGGCUAGUGGUACGGCAGCCUCGAGGAAAAAAAUCCAUGUCUAGUUUCCUACAUUCCAGCACUCGACCUACAUGUGCGCCCCAACAAAUACUGCGCAAUCCCUGGCACUGGAAUUCCAGUUCAUUUCCAGCA